GCUUGUGCUUGGACACCUACAACAAACUUAGUAGUUUUGGUCUCUCCGGUGAAUCCUGGACCAUGUUUGCGUCGGAAGGGAGUCGAAUAAUGUUGCCUUAAUUUUUCUGGACACAGAUUCGAUUAGGAAUUUUGCUGAAGUUUGGUCCAAACAACUUUGCAAAGUUGCAAAGAUGACUGUGACCUAAUCCGACCUGUCGCGGACGGUUCAUUCAUUCUUGUGGAGAAAGUACCCGUACAGCCAGGCAUCGGGAGUUGAAGCCCUGUCCCCGCUUGUCCCGUGGGGCGCAGAAGUGUUCGUGAUGGUGUGCCUUCUCCAUUGCGUCCUGCUUGGAUAUAUCACUUGGAAUCUGCGGAUAUCGGACGCACAGGGGGAGUACUGUCACGGCUGGUUGGACGCUAAUGGGAAUUAUCAUGACGGCUUCCAGUGCCCGGAGGACUUCGACACCACAGACGCCACUGUGUGCUGCGGGACCUGCUCCCUGCGCUACUGCUGCGCGGCACCGGACGCACGGCUGGACCAGGGCAGCUGCACCAACGACAGGGAGGCAGACAACACGGAGUUCGCUGCACAGCCGGUGUAUGUGCCCUUCUUGAUGGUUGGCAGUAUCUUCAUCGCUUUCGUCAUAGUGGGCUCUCUGGUGGCUGUUUACUGCUGUACGUGCCUUCGCCCUAAACAGCCCACGCAGCAGCCCAUCCGCUUCUCUCUGCGGAGCUGUCAGGGCGAGACCAUCCCCAUGAUCCUGACCACCGGCCCCCCCAGCCUGCGAGCUCCGUCCCGCCAGUCCAGCACAGCCACCACCAGCUCCAGCUCAGCCGGAGGAGGCAGCUCCAUGCGCCGCUUCUCCCUGGGGGGUCAGGGCUCCCAGCAGCAACAUGGAUGUCUGGUUUCUGCCACAGUGUCCUCAUCAGCGUCAACCCCAACACAGACUCCACCCCCUCCGCCCCCCUACACUUCCCCUCCAGCCCCUGUGCCCCCCAGCCUGCCGCCCAGUCACGGUCACCCCCCUCUGCAGCUGCACCAGCACACCCCCGGGUUCCUCCUGCCCCAGCAGUACUUUUUCCCCCUACAGCCUGACACCUUCACUGUCGCCAAAGGCUUUGCAGACUUUGGGCAGAGCUGACAGAGCACAGGCAUGUUACAAGACAAACAGCUAGCCUGUGUGCCAGAACCCAAUCAAGCUGUCAUGUGUUUCUGUAAAUCAAUCAGAGGUGGAAUAUUUAAAUUUACUUGACUUUCUCUCAUAUGAAAGCAAAUCUGAUAUGGUUAUUUUUGGUUAGCACUUGGUUUUGGUUCAGAAAAGAUCCCACUUCUACAGGCCACAGAAACAUAAACGCUGCUUAUACAGCCUCUCAGUAAGUGCUCAUAUGCUUGGGAUAUUUUGGGUAGGACUUUAGUUACAUCUGGAAAGUAUAUUUGACGUUAUCUCAACAUCUCCCAUAUCUCCCAUAUCUCCCAUAUCUCCCAUAUCUAACCAAGAAGGUACUGUAGAUAAUGGUGGUAUGCAUUGAUGGGUUUACAGAAACUUCUUACUGGACCUUUUACCUGGUGGCAGGGCUGUGGCAGAUGGAGUAGGACCUGAAGACCUGAAACUGUCUUUAUCUGAGGCACUUUUCCACCACACUAAAGCUCUCUGGAUGACCAUCAUCUAAGCUCUCACCAAAAGUUCACAUGGAACAGUCGCAUAUCAUAUAUUUUACCUUUUGAUACCAGAUGUGGAGUUUUUGCCACUUCGGAGAAUAUGCCAUUAAAUUACAUUGUUACAUCAGGGAGUAAAAUCUUUGACAAUCACAAAUCUUCCUAAAGGGAGG